AUGGCCGUGCACCUCUUAGGCGCCCCCCAUUCACCGACGCAGGUCUCUCCCGUGCGCAGGAGCGCUCGCCUCCUGCCAACGCAGGCCCCACCAGCGAGCAACUCGCCACCCGUGCCACCGCCACUCCCACCACCAGCGAAUGGAGCUGCAGCAACGACGCAGCACAAGCGGAGCAAGUCAGCGCCGUCGGCGACGAUGCUGCCCUCGCGGAAGAGGGCAAGACCAUCCGAAGUUGAGCCUGAGCAGCACCCCCAUCCGGCACCGCAACAGCAACAACAGCAGAGGCAGCCCCGGUACCGCACUUCGAGUACAACGAAGCCGCAUGCGGGUGUCCUGCCCACGCCAGAAGCGACCCCGCGGUCCCUGCGUGCGCUGAAGAGGCAGCGGCUCGCAGACGAUGCCCCGGAUCCGGCCUCAUCAUUACCAUCGACGUCCUCUUCCUCUUCCUCCUCCUCGUCUCCAUCGUUAUCCCCACCUGCCCCUACCCCCGUCCCCCUGCAUCCUACCACCACCACUCCGACGUACACCACGAAGACCCGCGCAGGGAAACGCAAGUCCCUGCUGCUCGACGCCGACGAGCCCACCUCGAGCCCCGUCAAGAAGCGGAAGGAGAACGACGAGGGAUCUGCGAGUGCAGCUGCUGCUACUCAAGUAGCCCAGGGCCCAACACCUGCCCCAGCAAUCAUCAAGCCGAACACGAAAGCGAGGGCUGCGCCUGCAAGCAACAACCAUGUUGUCGCCGGCCUGAGAUCGGCCAAGGGCAAAGAGAAGGCCACACAGGAAGGUGGAGAGGAGGUGAAAGUCCCGCUUGCGCCCCUCCCGAGCCCUAGAGUCGUCGCACUCAAACCGAAGCCGAAACGCCGCUCGACGAGGUUAUCGCCCAACUCUCAAGAGUCUACAACAUCAUCUACGUUAUCAAGAACAACGAAGAACAGCAGUAACAAUAGCAAAACGGGCGGUGGGAAAGCGGCUGAUAAGGGCGAUGGAUCAUCACCAACGAUAUCGGCAUCGGCAGCGACGACGGCGACGGGGUCUUCAGUGUCGGAUAAGCUGACGGGAGAGGGGACGGAGGAGGAUGCAUCGAUAAGCGAUGCGCCGACGCCGACAUCGAAUCCAAUAACGUCGAAACCUACACCACCCUCGUCUACUCCGACGCUUACCUCAUCUACCCCCACCCCCUCUCUAUCCCUAUCCUCGCCUGCGACACCCUCCUCCUCAUCAACGCCCUCAACGCUAUCACCCCCGCCCCCGCCCUCUGCCCUAUCCACCCAGUCCUCUUCCUCUUCCUCCAUCACCCCCUCAUCAACGCCCGCCCCCCUCCCAACACACCCACACCACCCCCUCCCGCAACCCCAAUUACACGUACACUCUCCCUUAACACCCCUAGCGCACACCACUACACCACCGCCCUCGCCGCCGCUCCUCUCGUUAGGACUGGGAUCGCAGAGGACCUCGCCCCCGCUUGAUGCGGUGGAUGUGGGGCCGCUGCCGCCUUUGAGCUUGCCUGGGCCGCUUGGGUUGGUUGUUGGCGGGGGCUUGGGGCCGGGUGCGGCGGGUGGGUUGACGAGCCCUACGUCGGGUCCGCCGAGUCCUCUGUUUGAGUCGGGUGCGGGUGGGAGCUUGGCUGGAGGCCAGGCGCAAGGAUCAAGUACGAGCCCCAUCGCCCUCCCAACUGUACCUGCGUUCUUUCAGAGCCAGGUUCAACAACCACAACCUCAACACCCUUCUACAGCUCAACCUCCACUUCCUCCGCUCUCUCAACAACCUCGAAUGGACGAUGCCCAGCAGCAAGAUCCCCAACACCAACAGCAGUCCUCCUUCGCAUCGACGCCUUCGUUCCCCUCGCAACCCUCCUCCGAGUCUAGCCUUGUUUAUACACCUUCUGGUUCCUCGUCGACGUCUACGUCGAGUUCGACCGUGAAUGGAGAACAAGACCAACCCCCGCCCUCACCUACGUCCAGCUUCGACCUCGGCAUGAUGGGGAUGAUGGGUGGGCUGGGGAUGAUGGGCGGGCUUGGGUCGAUGAACAUGGGUUCUAUGUCUUCAAUAUCGUCGAUGUCGUCUAUGGGUUCGAUCGGUCCGAUGGGCGGUAUGAACUCCAUGACCAACCUGGGAAGCAUGGGCGGAAUGGGAGGUAUGUCAGGCAUGGGCCUCGGGUCGAUGAGCGGGAUGAACCUGGGAGGAUGGGAUUUGGGCAUGAUGAACAUGGGCAUGGACAUGUCGCUCAACUCUGGUAUGGGGCUUGGAGGUGUUGGUGUUGGUAGUGGGAUCGGCGUCGGAGUUAGCGGUGGGAUGAGUAGCGGUGGGAUGAGCGGCGGUAUUGGGAAUGGGAUGGGUACACUGGGCAUCCAACCCUCGGAGAGCGAGCUCGGGUUCGGGUUCCAGACGCAGGAUGGGUUUGGGUUCCAGGCGGCGCAGGGCGGGCAGCCGGAGCCUGUCCCUGUCUCUGUCCCUGGUUCGGUUCAGGUUCAGCAGCAGCCAGGAGGAGGAGGACAGCAAGUUGGACAAGAGGGUGGUGGGUUUGGUGGGUUUGGCGGGUUCGAGCAGCAGCAGCAGCAGGGGUAUGAGGCGGGUGGGGUGGGACAGGGCGAGCAGGCGGGCCAGCAGUUGCAGUUACCGCCCCAACAGCAGCAGCAGGCGAUGCAGACGCAACCCCAGCAGCUCCAACCUCAGCAAGGUCAGCAACAGCAAGGUCAGCUUCAGCAGCAGCAGCAGAACCAGCAGCAGCAACAACAACAGCAGUACCAGCCCCAGCCCCCGUCCUCGCCCAUCUCCUCCCGACAUCGCGCGUUGCAGUACCCAGAGCCGAUCCCGCUAGGCCUCCCGCCCAGGAUCGAGAGGGACGGGGAUAUGUGGGUGACGGUGUGUAAGUUGCGAUUGUAUGAGAUGACCCGCAAGUACCCCCCGGUCAUGAUCCGCGAGAUCACAGAGAACGAGGCGCGCGAUUACUUUAUCCGGCGCGGGAUGAAGUUCCCGCGUGGGCCGCCGUGGCUCUCCUCGUCUUCUUCGUCUUCCGCGUACUCUUUCUCGCACUCGAACGGACAUGGUAGUAAUGGGAGGAGAGGGGCCAAGGCGCGCGGUCCUGGUGCUAGUGGGACGAGGAGACGCGGGCUGCUGCGGAGCCCGCUGGCGAUGUCGAGUGUGAGGGCGUCGACGUCGGCGCCGACCAGCCCGACUAGUCCAGGUUCGGAGGGGUCGAUGGGGGAUGUGCAAGCGCAGGGUCAGGGCCAGGACGGAGAGCAGGAGAAGGAGCGGGACGACGAGUUCAUGUCGGAGGAGUACUACCCGUUCGAGCUUCUGGACGACGAGGACGAGGACGGAUGGGGCGAGGAGGAGCUGGACGAGGGCUAUGUCGAGGGCGACGAGGACGAGCGCGUGCAUGCUUUCAGAGAGAGGCCGUUCUCUCGAUGGGUCUGUGGUGCUGAUGGGUGGGAGGAGAACGGAGAGGAAGGUUGGGACGAGGAGGAGGAUGAAGAUGAGGAAGAGGAUAGUGAGGAUGAAGAUGAUGAGGAUAUGGAGGAAGAUGAUAUGGAAGAUGAGGGAGAGGAGGAAGGAGGAGGUGGAGAGGAGGUGGAGAUGGAGGUGGAGAGGGCCCAGGAGGAGGUGCAGGCGGGCAUCGUGGUCGCGCUGAAGAAGCUCGGAGACGCGAAGAGAAGGUUGGCUGCUAAAGCUAGCUCCAAGUCGUCGGCUUCGUCGAGCUCAGCGUCGGCGUCGGUCUCAGAGUCAGCGUCAACAGAGGGCACUCCGAGCGGCUCGACGUCUGGGACGGCGACGACGGCUACAACGAGCGAGGACGAAGAUGCGGAGGGCGAGAUGGAGGUCGACCAUAAUCCCGAAAGUGCCGCCAAGGAUCCAACCACGUCAAUGGACGUUGAGCCGUUCAACGAUCCCGACCCUUCGUUCAACGCCGAGCUCUCGCGCCCCAACUCGCCUGCUACGAGUGCUGCUCCGCUAGGACCUGGCGGGGGUAUGUUGUCGAGCUUUUACGUCCCUCCGGUACCGGUUGAGCUGCAGAUGCAGAUGCAGGCGCAGCUCUCGCCUACCUCGCCCACGUCUCCGACCUCUCCUACUUCGCCUUCAGAACCUACCUCAGAUACCAACGUCGAGGGUCAAGCACAGGACCAAUCCCAACAGCCAUUGCAAAUCACCAUCCCAUCCACACCGCCGAUGUACUCGCCCACCCCUGCGCAGCUGCAACUACCGUCACCACUGUCGCCCCUUCUUCCUGUCCUGCCCGUGCCCCCACCGAGGCUAGACAGCAUACGCGUCGGAUACCUCCGCCAGGCGGAACUGGGCAUUAAGAUGACGGGGCGGGGUACACCCGCCGAUCGAGGAAGGGCAGCUGUUUGGGCGAAGGGGUGGGUACCUGUAAGAGACGAAGGCGAGGGAAGGAAGGUGGAGGUGGAGGUCAAGGGACAGGAGGAGGUGAAACUGAAGCUGUGUUUGCCGGGGGAUAUGGUGGUCGAUGGCCAUGGGCCGCCUGAGGGAUGUUUUGGAGUUGAGGUCGGCGAGGAGAAGAACAUGGAGCAGGACAAGGAACAGCAGGUCCAAUGGGCGUCGUUCGUCACUGGGCUCGGCCAGGGCCAGGGCAAGGAUGCUGGCGCCUGUAGCCCACCCUCGAUUUUCGGGCCACGCCCCGGGUCACCAGCACCAUCGUCGCCUUUUUUGACGUGUACAUCACCUCCUGACUCCGCCACUAUCGACGCCACGGCCACGAAAACUACCACCGCCAUCAGCAUAGGCACACCGUCAGACCUGGAAAUGCUUGAGACGGGCUUCGGCUCUGAGCUCGCGUCUGGGUCGGCGGGUGUGUCUGUUACUGCUGCCACGAGUAGCGCGUUGAGUUACGCGCUUGGCUAG